GCCAUGGUCAGUUCAAAACCUAUAAGUAAAGCAGAAUCAAUUCUCAACUUUCUCAUUGUUUGCAGCAGAGAUUCAUAUCGUAAUAAAUAGUGAGGAAGAUGUCCAGGAUACCGAGAGUGGUGGGUGGAGCGUGGGGCCGUGUGGUGAAUGGUGUGGUGCUGCCGUCAGAAACUCUGCCCAUCAUCACCCGCCCCAUCAACAUCACAGAGAAGAUGGUGAGACGUCAGCAGGCUGCUGCUCGCAAGCGAUCGCAAAUCAACCCGCCUGUUGUGCGCCGUAAGAAACAGGACGUGAUCAUAUCUUGCAGCGACGCUAAGAAGAACAUGUACAGGGAUCAGACGUACGACCAGUUCGCUCAGGUGCCGCUCGCCAGUCUGGGCUGGAAGAACCGCAAGUCCGUUGGCCAAUAUUUCACCAUUCAUCCGUUUUCCGCGAAUCCUGCGCUUCAGAGCGACUGUCAGUCUUUCUCUGACUUGCUGCUUCACCAAAAGGUCGUCGACGCUCUUGAGAUGCACGGCUACAAAGUGCCUACUAGCAUACAGAAUGCUCAAAUUCAGUCAGUGUGCGAGAAGCUGGCUACUGAGUUGCAGUUGAAAUCCGAGGUUGUGUUGGGCGCCGACAGAACACAACUCAAGCUCAGAAAUCCUAAGAUGUCCAACCCUGAUAUCUUGGUUGCCACGCUCGGGGUGCUCUCGAAACUCGUCACAAACCGUAUCGUACGUUUAGAUCACGUCAGGCACAUCGUGUUGGACGAGGCUGACACUCUCCUCGAUGCUUCUUUCGAGGAAAAAACCAAGCAUGUUCUUUCUAAAAUACCAUUGCGCGUGUCAGAGGAGAGCUUAGAAGGAGCACAGCUCGUCCUUGCGGGCGCUACGGUGCCCCGCAAUCUGGGCAAGCAACUCGGCGACAUACUUGACACGAAGACACUGCAGCAAGUGUCGACGAGUUCAUUGCACUGCGUUUUGCCCCACGUGAUGCAGCGGUUUUAUCGCGUAAACCAGACAAGGAAACUCGAGUUUGUCACGGAAAUCGCCAUGAACGCUCACAAGAAGGGCCUACCGACCAUCAUCUUCAGUAACUCAGGCGCGGCAGUGGACUUUAUCGGGUUGACGCUCAGGGAGGCCAACAUCGGAUGUGUACACAUUAAUGGCAGGUUGCGCUCCACAACGCGACUCGAGCUUUAUAAAGCCUUCAUGGACGGAGAGGUUAACAUUUUGUCUGCCACAGAUCUCGUGUCCAGAGGACUGGAUACCAUUAAGGCUACUCAUAUCGUGAACUACGAGUUCCCCAAGUUUGCUUCGGAUUACGUGCACCGUUGCGGCCGCGUGGGCAGAAUAGGCAGUCAAGUUAACAAGCCAAUCGUCACAAAUCUCAUCACAAAACCUCACGAAGUCGAGCUCGUGCAACAAAUUGAGUAUUCAGUGCGCCAGAUGCAGCCGCUGCAGAAUGUUGACGCCAACAUUAAAAGAUUAUACGAAGAAGAAAAAGAACGAAUUGACGAAGGGAGAAGAGAAAAACUGGAGAGGAAAGAGAGAAAACAAUGGAAUAAAAUGGCUGCAGCAGAGUUAAACUACUAACAUCAAUGUUCCGCACUUAGCGUGUGUAAAUAAAAAUACAAACUGUGAUGUAUUGAAUCUUUCAAUUUUAA